CUCCCCCCGCCCCUGGCCCACCUGAAUCCUCCAAUCGGAGCAGACCUUCCGAUUUGCAUCCUUCAAACACAGGGCAUUGAGACAUUUGAUAGCCUAGGUUUAUAAGAGCCCUCGGCCGUUCCUCCACCGCAGAAUAGCUCUCGAACGUAACGAGGGUUAAGGGCUGUUCUGGUCGUUCUGUUGGUGGAAGUGCGUUCAGUUUUCUUCUCAAUCCUCAACCUCAACUAAAAAUCAAAAAUGGCAGCUGAAGAUCCAGAUCCCAGUCCUUACCUUUUCGUUUCUAUGGAACAGAAACGAAAGGAUCAAACCAAACCAUACGAUGGCAAGAAAAUGGUCUGGGUUGUUGAUGAGAAGGAAGGAUACGUUCUCGGUCUCAUCAAGGAAACCAAAGGAGACAUGUGCACCGUCGAAAUCGAAGGUCAAGAGAACCGAGUUGUUAAGAAGGAUUUACUGCAACAAGUUAACCCUCCAAAGUAUGAAAAAGCUGAAGAUAUGUCUAACUUGACUUACCUAAAUGAUGCUUCUGUAUUGCACAACUUGAGACAACGUUACUAUGCUCAGCUUAUCUACACUUAUUCUGGCCUUUUCUGCGUAGCCAUCAAUCCCUACAAAAGAUUCCCCAUUUACACCCCUCGUUGCAUGGCCAUGUACAGAGGCAAGAGGCGUACUGAGGUGCCUCCUCACUUGUUUGCCAUCUCUGACGGUGCCUACAUGGCUAUGUUGGCAAAUCGUGAGAACCAGUCUAUGCUUAUCACAGGAGAGUCUGGUGCCGGAAAGACUGAGAACACGAAGAAAGUAAUUGCGUACUACGCCAACGUCGGCGCCUCCACAAAGAAGGGAGAAGUUAAGAAAGGACCCUCUCUGGAAGAUCAGGUCGUCCAGACUAACCCUGUUCUUGAGGCCUUCGGUAACGCAAAGACUGUGAGGAACGACAACUCCUCUCGUUUCGGUAAAUUCAUCCGUAUUCACUUCGGUCCCAUGGGCAAACUGGCCGGUGCUGAUAUUGAAACAUAUCUAUUGGAGAAAGCUCGUGUGAUUUCCCAACAAUCCCUUGAACGUUCUUACCAUAUCUUCUACCAGAUGAUGUCUGGAGGUGUUGCUAAUAUGAAGGAGAUAUGUCUGCUGUCCGACGAUAUUUAUGACUAUCACUUCGUGUCCCAGGGUAAAAUUGAGAUCCCUAAUGUAGAUGACGCCGAAGAAAUGAGACUUACAGACGAAGCCUUCAACAUCUUGGGCUUCAGUCAAGAUUACAAGGAUGAGAUCUACAAGAUCACUGCCGCUUGUAUGCACAUGGGUGAAAUGAAAUUCAAGCAGAGGCCCCGAGAAGAACAGGCUGAACCUGAUGGUACUGAGGAAGGUGAGAAGAUCGGCCACUUGUUGGGUAUCAAUGCCGCCGAUUUGUACAAGAACUUAUGCAAACCAAAGAUCAAAGUCGGUGCUGAAUUUGUGACACAAGGUCGUAGCGCUCAACAGGUCGUGUACUCUCUUGGUGCCUUGGCUAAGGCAUUCUUCGACAGGACCUUCAAGUGGUUGGUAAAGAAAUUGAACGAGACCCUCGACACCCAACAGAAAAGACAACAUUUCAUUGGUGUACUGGAUAUUGCCGGUUUUGAGAUCUUCGACUUUAACGGCUUCGAACAGCUGUGUAUCAAUUUCACUAACGAAAAACUGCAGCAGUUCUUCAAUCAUCACAUGUUCGUCCUGGAGCAAGAAGAGUACACUCGAGAGGGCAUCGAAUGGGUCUUCAUUGACUUCGGCCUCGAUCUUGCAGCUUGUAUCGAACUGAUAGAGAAGCCUUUGGGUAUCUUGUCCAUCCUUGAGGAGGAGAGUAUGUUCCCCAAAGCUACUGACAAGACAUUCAUCGAUAAACUGAACUCCAACCACUUGGGCAAGUCUCCCAACUUCGUCAAGCCCAGACCACCAAAGCCCGGACAACAGGAGGCUCACUUUGCCAUCGCUCAUUACGCUGGAACUGUUCCUUACAAUAUAACCGGCUGGUUAGAGAAGAACAAGGAUCCAGUCAAUGACACUGUCGUCGAUCAGUGCAAGAAGGGCUCCAACAAGUUGCUCACUGAGAUCUUCGAGGACCAUCCAGGUUUGGGAGGUGGUGAAGAUGCCAAGGGAGGCAAAGGUGGUGGUGGCAGGAAGAAGGGUUCCGGUUUCCAGACUGUCUCCGGUCUUUACAGGGAACAGCUUAACAGGUUGAUGGCCAGCUUGCACAGCACACAACCUCACUUUGUGCGUUGCAUCAUCCCCAACGAGUUGAAACAAGCAGGUGUCAUUGACGCUGGCUUGGUAAUGCAUCAGCUGACCUGCAAUGGUGUACUUGAAGGAAUCCGUAUUUGCCGAAAAGGAUUCCCCAACAGGAUGAUCUAUCCUGAUUUCAAACAACGUUACACCAUCUUGGCUGCCAGCGCUGUUCCCAAGGGAUUCGUUGACGCAAAGAAGGUGGCUGAAUCCGUAUUGGAAGCCAUUCAACUGGACAAGAAUGACUACAGGCUCGGAAACACCAAGGUAUUCUUCCGUGCCGGUGUCUUGGGUCGUCUUGAAGAAAUGCGUGAUGACCGAUUGGCCAAAAUUGUCACAUGGUUGCAAGCCUGGAUUAGGUGGUACCUCAGCAAGAAGGAAUUCAAGAAGCUGCAAGAACAAAGAGUUGCCUUGCUCGUUAUCCAGCGCAAUCUCCGCAAAUUCCUUCAACUCCGCAACUGGCUAUGGUACAAACUGUACAUCAAGGUCAAACCUUUGCUCAGCAUGGCCCGCGUAGAGGACGAAAUGAAGGAACUGGAAGACAAGCUGAAGAAAGCUUUGGAAUCUUUAGAAAAAGAGGAAAAGCUUAGGAAGGAUUUGGAACACCAAAAUGUCAAGCUUCUCCAAGAGAAGAACGAUAUUUUCUUGCAACUCGAAUCUGAGAGGACAGGAUCUGGAGAUCUUGAGGAGCGUCUGGCCAAGACCAUCUCUAUCAAGAAUGACUUGGAAGGACAACUGCAGGAAUUGCAAGAGAGGUUGUCUUCCGAAGAAGAUGCCCAUGCCAACUUGAGCUCCAGCAAGAAGAAGAUGGAGGGAGAGAUUUCCAACCUGAAGAAGGAGAUUGAAGACUUGCAGUUGGUCAUCCAGAAGGCUGAACAAGACAAAGCCUCUAAAGACCACCAAAUCCGAAACUUGAAUGACGAGAUUGCACACCAAGAUGAACUCAUCAACAAGCUCAACAGGGAGAAGAAACAACUGCAAGAGAUGGGACAGAAAACCGGAGAGGACCUCCAGGCCACUGAAGACAAAUUGAACCACAUGAACAAAGUGAAGGCCAAGUUGGAAUCCACCUUAGAUGAGUUGGAAGACGCCUUGAGCCGAGAAAAGAAAUUGCGUGGUGAUGUUGAGAAGAACAAGAGGAAGGUUGAGGGCGACCUUAAGCUUGCACAAGAAGCUGUUGCUGACCUCGAGAAGAACAAGAAAGAGCUUGAACAAGCUCUUCAAAGGAAAGAGAAGGAGAUGGCUAGCCUAGCCGCUAAGCUCGAGGAUGAACAGAGCCUUGUUGCCAAGCUCCAGAAACAAAUCAAGGAACUGCAGGCCAGGAUCGAAGAGUUGGAAGAGGAGUUGGAAGCCGAGAGACAAGCCCGCGCUAAGGCUGAGAAGCAGCGUGCUGAACUUGCCCGUGAAAUCGGAGAGCUUAGCGAGAGGUUAGAAGAAGCCGGAGGUGCUACCUCUGCUCAGGUUGAGCUGAAUAAGAGGCGGGAAGCUGAAAUGGCCAAGUUGAGGAGGGACUUGGAAGAAUCCAAUCUUCAACAUGAGCAAACAUUGACCAACCUAAGGAAGAAACACAACGAUGUCGUUGCAGAGCUUAGCGAACAAAUUGACCAACUCAACAAACACAAGGCCAGGUUAGAAAAGGAAAAAGCACAAAUGAAGGGAGAACUUGACGAUGUCCGAUCAAGUGUCGACCAUGUUAACAAAGAAAAGGCCAAUGCUGAGAAACAAGCUAAGCAACUGGAGAUGCAGCUUGGUGAACUCCAAGGCAAGAUGGAUGAAGCACACAGGUCCUUGGGUGACUUAGAUGCCGCCAAGAAGAGACUGACCGUUGAGAAUUCCGAACUCCAGAGGCAACUUGAAGAAUCCGAAUCCCUCAACAGCCAGCUCAGCAAGCUUAAGAUGUCCCUCCAGACACAACUGGACGAUGUCAAGAGAAUGGCCGACGAGGAAGCCAGGGAAAGGGCCACUGCCAUGGGCAAAUACCGCAGCAUCGAACACGAUUUGGACAGCUUCCGAGAACAACUGGAAGAGGAACAGGAAGCCAAGGCCGAUUUGCAGAGGCAACUCAGCAAAGCCAAUGCCGAGGUUCAACUUUGGAGGUCCAAAUACGAGAGCGAAGGCUUGGCUCGAUUGGAAGAAUUAGAAGAAUCAAAGAGGAAGCUCGAUGCCAAACUGCAGGAAGCUAUGGAAACCAUUGACCAACUCAACGCCAAAUGCAGUGGACUCGAGAAGACCAAGUCUCGUCUCCAAGGUGAACUGGAAGACAUGACUAUUGAAGUUGAAAAGGCUAAUGCUAUGGCUUCAGCUAUGGAGAAGAAACAGAAAUCCUUCGACAGAAUCGUCGCCGAAUGGAAACAGAAGGUUGAUGAUUUGGCUGCUGAGCUUGACGCAUCUCAGAAGGAAUGCAGGAACUACUCUACUGAAGUCUUUAAACUUAGAUCUCAAUACGAAGAAAGCCAAGAGCACUAUGAAUCCGUCAAGAGGGAGAACAAGAACCUCCAAGAUGAAAUCAAGGAUCUCGUUGACCAACUCGGUGAAGGUGGAAGGAGCGUACACGAACUGGAGAAGGCCCGAAAGAGGUUAGAGAUGGAAAAAGAAGAGCUUCAGGCCGCUCUUGAAGAAGCUGAAGCUGCUCUUGAACAGGAAGAAAAUAAGGUUCUUCGUGCUCAACUUGAGCUUUCUCAAGUCAGACAAGAGAUCGACAGGCGUCUACAAGAGAAAGAAGAAGAGUUCGAAAACACAAGGAAAAAUCAUCAACGCGCCAUCGAUUCCAUGCAAGCAAGCUUGGAAGCUGAAGCCAAGGGUAAGGCUGAGGCUCUCAGGAUGAAGAAGAAACUCGAGAGCGAUAUCAACCAACUGGAAAUUGCUCUUGACCACGCCAACAAGGCCAACGCUGAAGCACAGAAGAACAUCAAGAAAUACCAGAUCCAACUUAAAGAACUCCAACAAGCCUUGGAAGAAGAACAGAGGGCACGCGAUGAAGUUCGUGAACAAUACGCCAUGUCUGAGAGGCGAUGCAAUGCUAUGCACGGAGAACUGGAAGAAAGCAGGCAGCUUUUGGAACAGGCUGACCGUGCUCGCCGCGCUGCCGACAGCGAAAUUGCUGAAUUGCACGAAUCCGUCAAUGAGCUUUCUGCCCAGAACUCUUCUCUCUCUAUGGCUAAGAGGAAGUUGGAAGGCGAGAUGCAAGCUUUGCAUGCCGAUCUUGAUGAGAUGUUGAAUGAAGCCAAAUCAUCCGAAGAGAAAGCAAAGAAGGCAAUGGUUGAUGCUGCCCGACUUGCUGAUGAACUCAGAGCCGAACAAGAGCAUGCUCAACAACAAGAGAAGAUGCGCAAGGCUAUGGAGGCACAGAUUAAGGAACUCCAGGUCCGACUGGAUGAAGCUGAAGCUGCUGCAUUGAAGGGUGGCAAGAAGAUUAUCCAGAAACUCGAACAGAAGGUUCGCGAACUCGAAAACGAGUUGGACAAUGAACAACGCCGUCAUUCUGAGGCAGCCAAGAACGUCAGGAAAGCCGAGCGCCGCGUGAAGGAACUGCAAUUCCAGGCCGAUGAGGACCGCAAGAACCACGAACGCAUGCAGGACCUCGUCGACAAACUCCAGCAGAAGAUCAAGACAUACAAGAGGCAGAUUGAGGAAGCCGAAGAGAUCGCUGCCUUGAACUUGGCCAAAUUCCGAAAAGUACAACAAGAGCUGGAAGAUGCCGAGGAACGAUGCGAUAUGGCUGAGAAUGCUGUUGCCAAGUUGCGUGCCAAGAACCGAAGUUCCGCUUCCGCCGGUCGUGCAAUGAGCCCUCCUCUCACGUCAAGCUCCCAUCUCCACGCAAAAAGCCCCUUCAUCCCCGACAGUCUCCAAGUUCCUCACCUGAGCCACCCUACCGUCCUUGCUGUCCCUUGCCAAACAACUCUUGAUGUCGACGAUACUGCCGAAUGAGAAACAGCGCUCUUCCACUGCAACAAGGCUACCAAAUACUUCUCAUUUUAUUUGCGGAUCUAGAGCAUUUAGAGUAUUCGAAUUCGAAACAUCUUCCGAAAAAAAUUUUUAAAGAAAAAUUGUUGCGAAGAAAAAGGACUUCGAAAUGUUACAUUCGCAUUCAUGUAGCCUAAAAGAAAAAAAAAUGUUUUGUUGUGGUGAAUAAAAGAAACCAUUCGCAAAAGAAGUAUUUGUUCAGCUCCAAAUCUUUUGUCUCGUUCGUUGUAUUUAUGUUGUACUCCUGUGACAUAUUGAGGAUUUUUCUUGUAUGGACGCAUGUGUAUCGAUAAGAUCUGUAUUGUACUUAUUUCAAUAUCAAGUAAAAAAUAAAUGUAUACACUUUCAA